UCAGCCCAAGCACAAGGCGCUCACAAAGACAAAAGAGUGAAAAGAUGCAUUUUUUGAGCGUUGUGAUUGUCUGUUGUUCUAUGUUUACACAUUAAAGGAAAAAGUCAAAAAGUCCCGGUGCGACAUUACUAGUUAGGGAUGUUAUCGGUUGUAGCUAACGUCGAUGACAUCGUGUUUGAUGUUGAAGCUGCCUUGGGUCAACAACUAGGCACUCAGCCUUUACCCUUUCCUGGCAUGGACAAAUCUGGUGCUGCAGUUUGUGAGUUUUUCCUGAAGAACAACUGCAUUCGAGGCAGCUACUGUCCAUUUCGACAUACCACGGGAGAGAAAACCAUAGUGUGCAAACAUUGGUUGAGAGGUCUAUGCAAGAAAGGGGACCAAUGUGAAUUCUUACAUGAAUAUGACAUGUCUAAGAUGCCUGAAUGUUAUUUUUAUACUAAGUUUGGUGAAUGUAUGAACAAAGAAUGUCAAUAUCUUCAUGUUGAUCCUGAGUCACGUGUAAGACAUUGCCCUUGGUAUGACAGAGGUUUCUGUAAACAUGGUCCAAAUUGUCGCCAUCAACAUGUCAGAAGAGUUUUAUGUGUCAACUAUCUUUGUGGGUUUUGCCCUGAGGGGAAGCAGUGCAAAUAUAGUCAUGCUAGAUUUGAGCUACCAGUGAUGUCGGAGUACCAAGAUUAUGGCAUGAAGAAGAUAGUCUGCCAUCGAUGUUUUCAACCUGGACACAAAAUAUCUACAUGUCCUCUUAAUGUCACUGUGGGAGUAACUCCAAUUCCACAGAAUCUUCCCACACCACAUACUGCCAAUGUUCAGAUUCCUAUUCACACAACUAUGGGAGCUGGACAGCAUGUGAUAAGGAUGCCAUGGAGACCACUUGAGACUGUCACAUGUUUUAAGUGUGGGGAGAAAGGCCACUAUGCAAACAAGUGUACAAAAUCAAAAGCAGAUCUUCUGAGAGCAUAGUUGAGAUCAUCUGCAAAGGAUGUUGAAAUGAUGUACAUUUGAUGUAUUUUUGAUUAGGUACAAAAUAGUACAUGUAGAUAUAUUUUCCUGUUCUAAGGAAUCAAAGUCAUUCAAGUCAUUGAUACCAUCCAUUGUACACUAUGACUAUGAAUAAGAGCAGCUUUAUGAAAACUUCUAGUUUUAAUAGAUCAUUAUUUAAUACAGCCCAACUAACAUAAACAUUCAAAGUAUUUAAAACGUCAAAAACGCAUUAUCAACUUGUAUAUUACAAAAUGUUACAUAACAAGUUUUUUGGUGCUGACAUAUUAUUGAACGUCUUCCAUUGAAUACUUUUUCCACAAAUCUGCCACUUUAAAGUUAAUUUCACAAUCCUCCUACAAAAAAUAAAGCUUCUUGUUGGACUGAUUUUAAAGAUGUAUAUUUGUAAUUAACCAACGUAGCGGAGAGGCCAAGGACGUUCAGAAAAAUUUUGUUAAUUACUCAAAUGUAAAUGAUGUUGUUAGAUAAAUUCACAGUUGUGUUUAUUUGUCCAAAA